AUGUCGCGUCGCGCGCCUUCCCCGCCGCCCCUCACCGCUUCCCCCCUCACUGUCCCAGACAGCCCUUCACCUCGGUCCCCCCGUGGUGACCGCACGCCGCUGGCGCCUGUGAUGGCCGCUCCUGCCACAGCUGAGCUCAUGCCAAUGCGCGAGGGCGACGUCACACCGGAGUUCGCUUUGCCUCCGUUGGCUGCGUGCCCGGUCUGCCUGCAAGCCCCCUCCUCCCAGCCCCAAGCCGAGGAUGCGGUCUUCCCAUGUUGCGCUGCCUUCACGCACCUAUCCUGCCUGGUACAGUGCGCGCGGCGUCAUGGCAGUUGCCCCAACUGCAGAGCUGCAGUCGACCACUUGCCACGGGAACCUUCAAUCGCCACGCGAUGUCGACAAUUGGGCAUCGACCUGGAACCUGAGACACCUCCGCCGCAUGACACGGCCUUCGCCGUUGUCCGCGACUACUCCACCCGCACCUUCUCGCGGGCAGACGCUCCUGAACCCGUGGAGCCGCUCCACAUCCGCGCCGUUUGCUGCCGACGCCUCGCGGGGCCUGCCAUGGAUUUUGUUGAGCUGCCGGACGCUCGCAUGCACUGGGCGCCGGUGCCGCAGCGGCGCACGGACGGCAUCGGCGCUUGGCAGGCGUUGUGGAUUUGCAUGCGCUGCCAGAAUGAGCUCCCACUUGACCGCGUCACCGUGCCCGAGCCGCGUCCGGCGUGCCCCCUUUGCGAGGUGCCAUUGCACUGGGAGGUCGACAUGAGUCGCCGUCAAGAGCGCUGGGUGUGUGGACGCUGCCCCUUUGCGCAGUCUCCCAGGCCGCUAGCGCUGGAGCUUGCGACCCGCCCACCCGUCGACGAAGGCGCUCCGGCCGGAGCGACGGACCACCCCACGCCGCACACGCACAAUGGGCCCGCGCCCUGGCCGCCGCUUCACCGUCCCGAAGUGCAUGCAUCUAUUGGUAACCUCGGCCCGCCGCCACUGCCAUUCCGUGACGGGACUAACUCGCGUGUUUAUGUACCCCUUCUGCUCGACGCAGCCGGCCUCCUGCCGGCCGAUGCGCAGCGCGCGUGGCGGACACAUGCCCCAAUCGGCGAAUGGUGGCCUGCCGCAGUCGCGGCCCUGCUCGCCCGGCCCUUCAUUCCCGUGCGUGAGCUCUGCACAGCAGUGGAACAUGUUUCCCAGGCCUUUCCACAGCAGGCCCUCGUCUCCAGCACACUCGAGCGCUUCUGGUCAUGGGCCCAGCCUCGAGUCGCACAGGUCGCGUCGCUUGCAGAGGUCCUCCGUGCGAUCACCUCGGCGGAUGAAGGCCACUACAUCGCGGCCCCUCUGCAGGAAGCCUUAAUCGCACUCUUGGUCGGCGCGGCGGCCGCAUCCACCUUGGAGCGAAUCGUUGACCGCUUGCGUGCAAGCGAGCCUGGUGCCGCCUUGCUGCCCGCGCCACCAGCCCCUGACUCCGCCGCUCCGUUGGAAGCACCCACACAUGCGAGUGCCCCGCCCGAAGCUCCCGAUGCUCCCGCGCCAGCGCAGCCACCCCUGCGGUCCCACGCGCACACCGAUGCCGCAGCUCGGGCGGAGCAGCACCUCGCCUCCACCGCGCAGCUUGCCGCAGCCGCAGCUCGCGGCCGACGUGGCGGACGCGGGCGAGGCCGAGGCCGGCACGCCUCCUCGCCUCCUGCCGCCUCCCCUCCCGCUCCAGCCUCUGCGCCGGGAGACGGCCACGACGGCCCUCCCCUCGCAUCCCAGGCGCCUGCCCUUACAACGGCAGCCCAGCGCCGCGUCUCUGCAGCCGAAAGCGGUCUGCUGACGGGCCUGGCUUCCCUUGACGGCGUCGAUCUUCAGGAAACUUUGCAACAGCGCGUCCUCACAUUGCAGGGGGUUCCUGCGCGCCUCCGCGGAGCCCUGCGUACGGCUCUCCGAGCGGGCCUGCAGCUAAUUGCCGACCGUGAGUCGCCAGCGCAGGAGCUGCGGGGCUGGAAGCUUUUCUGUCUGGCACCUCGCAUGCUUCUGCAGCGUUCAAGCGGAGAGUCGCUCAUCCCACCUGCGGAGCUCGAUCGCCGCUGUGACCUCUUCGCACGCGGCGCUUGGCCAGAACUACUGCAGCUGGCAUCGGGUUCCGCUGCUCCCCGGUCCCGCACGGGCAUGCCGACGGACGACCUCGCUGCUCGCGCUUCCCGAGCUACAGCCCUUGUGCACAUCGGCGAGCUUUCGGCCGCCGGUCGCGCGCUCGUUGCAGAACCACUUGCACCCGGCACCGACGCAACCCUCGCCGAGCUGCGGGACCCUUCGCGGCGCCCCCCGACUCCCUACGCGCCGCUGCCGCAAGACAUUGCCACGUACCAAGCCGCCGACCCCUGUCCCUUCCCGCUCCCAGCGUUCGUGGCAUGUCUGCGGUCCGCAAGGAGGGGGGCGGCAGCUGGACCGUCAGGGGCCACCAACGAGCAUCUGCGUAUCCUGCUCGACGACGAGGGUGAUACCCAGUUUUUGCACCGCGCAGCCUGCCGCCUUGCACGUGCCGACCUCCCGCCGCCCGUUUUGGCUGCUGUGCGCGUCGGCCGGCUCACCGCGCUGCAGAAACCCAACGGACGCGGCGUCCGAGCCUUUGUCAUCGGGGAUGUCCUUCGGCGCCUGGCGGAGACCGUGGAUCUAAAGGGUUUCUUUCAGGGUGAUCGUCAACAGCAGUGGCGAGAGUCAUUGAUUGCCGAGUAUGCAAAGAUGGACGGUGUCAUCCGCGAGGGAGAUCCCUUCAAAGUUGUGCCCACCAUGAAACCUUCAGAGGAUGACAGGGCGAAUGCAGACGGAUUCAUGGAAAAGAGCCGAAUCUGUGCAUGUGGGAACUUCGAGGAGAGCACCGAUAACAACGGGGAGCCGUGGUCGUCAUCAAACAUACCACUUGAAAUUGUACGAUGCUUUGUAUCCCUAGCCGCGAAGGUUGCGGAUUGGACAUUGGGCGGUCUCGACGUCGAGGCGGCCUUUCUCAACGCGGAGAUUUCCGGGGACCCCGUGGUAAUUACUCCGCCGAAGAUAAUGAGAGACCUAGGAAGCAUUGCAGAAAAUACUGUGUGGGUGGCGGAACGCAACAUCUACGGACUACGUGUACGACGUGGACCGACAGAAUGGGAGCGAGAACGCUACCACAAGCUCAAUCAUGCGGAAUUGCCUCCUCGUGAUGGGGACAAACUGGGAGCACUGCAUUUGGUUCCGUUGAAUCUGGCAGCAGGUCUGUGGAAGAUCGUGGACGGCGCGGGUCUGACCACAGGGGCAUGCUGUGCGUACGUUGACGAUGGACUCAUUGUGGGCGGCAUUGAAGUGAUCAGACGGGUUACGGCCUUCAUCCAGAGUUUGUGGGCUAUCAAGGGGCAGGGCAUUCUUGAAAAACCGGGUGUAGGCCUGAACAAGGACCUGGUUGUGAGUGAAACCCUAACGUUGAAACGUGUUCGGUGCAUGCGAUUUUUUUUUUUCAUGCGAUUCCUUGGUGCAGAGAUCUCUGUGGCGAGCGAUGGAUUGCGUAUUGGACAAGCGAAAUACAUAGCUCAAGAACUUCGUGCUCGAGGGUGGCUCGCACCCAAGGGCGCGGAAUCUUUGCCGGUGCCUUCGGAGGGUCUUCAGGGGUCUGAACUUCGUGACAAUGCAUUCAACAGCAACAUGAGACUGGCUCAGAAGGAGGCUGGUACCUUAAUGUGGAUUGCAAUCCGGUCUCGACGGGACAUUGCUGCUUGUUUAAGCGUUGCUUCAACUCUGAUUACAUCGAGGCCUUCCGAAAGUCUUCGUUUGUGCAAGGGGAUUUGGCGAUACCUGAAAAGUACAUGGGAGAAGACUUUGCACUAUUGCUACGGUGGUGGUCCUGUGAAUCCUGGGGGCGGUGAUGAUACAGCAGAUGCGGAGUGGACUUUUCGCAUUGUCUCAGAUGCAUCCUUGGCACCGGGUGGCGCGCGAUCCAGAAGCGGGGUAGCUCUGUUCCUAGGUGACCAUCUUGUAUAUUGGAAGUCACAGCGGCACUCUAUUGUGGCAUGGUCAGCGACUGCGUCCGAGAUCGAGGCGACCGCAGUGGCGAUCCAAGAGGGCAUCUUGUGCUUGAGGAGCUGUUUGCAUGCAAGAUUCACCUUGUGGCCUAUGGCGACAAUGCGCGAGCUAUCCAUUUGA